AUGGCUUCCAAAUGUUGUGGGGGAACCUUAGAGAUGAAGCUGGAUGUCCAAAAGGCGUAUGAUACGCUGGAAUGGAAGUUUUUGUUUGAUGUUAUGAGCAAAUUCGGUUUCUCCCAAAGCUGGAUAUGCUGGAUCAAGGAGAUGAUGAGAUCAACAAAAAUGUCGAUCCUAAUCAAUGGUGGACAGGUUGGGUAUUUUGGGGUGGAGAGAGGACUAAAGCAGGAUGACCCUUUGUCCCUUCUUCUCUUUAUUCUGGAUGAAGAAGUUUUGUGUCUUGGUUUGACUAAUUUGAGGAUGAAGGGUGUUCGAAAGGUUAAGAAUUUUUUGGACUGCUAUCAAGACUAUUCGGGGCAGAAAAUAAAUCUUGAGAAAAGCAAAGUAUUUGUAGGGGAAAUGUCAGUUCUAAGAAAGCGCAAGGUGAAGGAGGUGCUGCAGAUUCCUGAGUGUGUUUUCCCCACUCGUUAUCUUGGGGUGGAUCUAUUCAAGAGGAGAGUAAAAAAAGAUUUCAUUCUUCCUCUGGUGGAUAAAUUCAAGGCUAGAUUGGCGGGGUGGAAAGGCAGACUAUUAUCUAUGGCUGGAAGGGUGGAAUUGGUGAGGUCUGUGAUGUGCAGCAUUCCGGUACAUAACUUCUCGGUGUACCUAUGGCCGACUUCGAUAAUGGAACUAAUGGAACGGUGGAUUAGAAAUUUUAUUUGGUGUGGGGACGCUUCUUCUUCAAAGGCUAUCACGGUUAGAUGGAGCAAGCUAUGCAGACCUAAGAGUGAGGGAGGAUUGGGAGUGAGAAGACUUAAGGAACUUAACCUUGCUUUACUAGCAAAGUUGGCAUGGUUUAUAAAGUGUGAUAGUUCCAGAUUUGUGGACUUCUUGCGGGGGAGACUUCUUACAGCUAAUGGGUCCUUAAAGAAGGGGGUGAAGUCCUCUAUACUACCUAGCAUUCGAAGGGUGUGGGAGAUGGUAGGUGUGAACGAGAGAUGGAUAAUUGGCAACGGGAAGAAAAUAAAUUUCUGGUUUGAUCGGUGGGUGAAUGGACAACGUGUCUAUGAUGUCAUAGCUCCAUACGUCACAAAUCCAAGGUCGUUGAAGGACAAGGUUGCCGACUAUAUUGAUGAGGGGGAGUGGAGUUUUCCGGUUCUUAGAUCGCCAGAAUUGCAGGUGGUGUGUAAUCAGAUCAUGCAAAUUAAAUUGCCAACUACGGAGCAUGAGGACACAAGAGUCUGGGCGUUGACGGAGUCGGGGUUGUUCUCGGUAAAAUCUGCAUGGGAGGGUAUGCGAUCCUAUGCACCACAGCAAGGAUGGGCGAGGCUGGUGUGGCAAAAAGGCCUAGUGCCAAGAGCUUCGGUUUUUGGCUGGAGGCUAACGCAUCGAAGUCUCCCAACGGAUGAAAAUGUAACAAAGCGUGCAGCUCAUGGGGCGUCAUGCUAUGAUCUAUGCUGUAGGUGCCUGGAGUUAAGCCAGCAUAUCUUUAUUGAGUGCGAAUUUGCUGCCAGUGUUUGGGCUGCAACCCUCUCUAUGUUUGAGUUGAGUUGGACUGGCUUCCCAUCCAUUGAAGAGCUUCUCAUGGUGGAGGAGGAAAAAGUGUCACAAGGUUGGCCCGUUCGUCAACUGGAUGUUCACAAUGCAUUCCUCCAUGGGUUGUUGCAUGAAGAGGCAGCUUGUGCCUGGUUCCAUCGAUUGUCAAAAUUCCGGCUCAAUCUUGGCUUUCAUGGUUCUCAAAUGGAUACUUCCCUUCUUAUUAGGCAAAUGGGUGCACAUGUCUGCUAUAUUUUAAUUUAUGUUGAUGAUAUUUUAGUCACUGGCAGUGACUCUAGUGUGAUGACCUCACUUCUGCAACAGCUAUCUAGUGAAAUUUCGAUCAAGGACCUUGGUGAUUUAUAUUUCAUUCUUGGUAUUGAGGUUGUUACUCAACCUAAAGGUCUCUUACUUUCUCAGUCUUGUUAUAUUUCUGAUCUUCUACACCACAUCGGCAUGACAAACUAUAAACCGGCGUUUACUGAUGCUGAUUGGACCGGUGAUGGUAUUGAUCGGAAAUCAACUAGUGGGUUUGCGGUUUUUCUCAGUCCAAACUUGAUUUCUUGGAUUUCUCGUACACAGCGGACCGUUGCCCGUUCUUCUAUAAAGGCCGAAUACAAAAUCUUGGCUGACGCGUCAGCUGAAUUAAUCUGA